GAGGUAACAUGCAAAAGGCUGUCAGCCCAGGGUUGAGAUGAGUGUAGUAAUUCACUGUAGUUGGAUGUAGUUUAAUUAAUAGUUAGUAGAAUCAGAGAGGAUUCUCUAUGUUAGAAUAUAAUUUUAGUGAUAUUAUAUAUCAGUGAUUUCGCGUAAUACAUACAUAUUGUACACAACGAAUUAAGAGCCUAACAAUUUUACAAUACAACGAUCCGUUAAUUUGCAAAAUGGCAACAACGGAGAACGUCAAGUACAUUUAUCACCUGCCAUUCUCCGAACGGUCGGAAUUUUGUAAAAUUCUGAAUCAAAAUGAUAAAUGGGAGGAACUGGCUGGUACCUGGAUGAAAUAUGACGUCUUGACGAUACAGAGUUUAAGAAAGGAGAAAAAUCCCACAGAUGAACUCUUGACCCUGUGGGGUCAUCACAAUCAUACAACAGCAGAAUUGUUUGUUUUAUUGUCCAAAAUGCAACACUAUCAGGCAAUGGUGCCUUUAUUACCGUUUGUUGAACAGAAAUUUCAUCGACUUUUCUACAACGGGGAAGGCAACUUUCAGAACAUGCCGCGCAAGCAGCUGGUCAACAAAAAUAGUAAGGACUUAAAGAUCGGCACGCAAAAUUUCAAUCAACGUGUGCAGCCGCAGAGUGUUAAUAAAAUUUUGAAUCAACCAACGGCACAACUGGGUGUUAGCCCGAGCAAUUCUAAUAAUUUGGCAGUACCUUCGCCAGCAGGUGCUGCUGGUUUCUCACCAUUUCCGCAAAAUACUGGUAGCAAUGAGAAAAAGAUCAACGAAUCGCCGUUGCCAAAAGCGGAGAGUACCCUGCCGCAGGCAAGUUAUAGCGAACUUGCUAUUGCCACAGAUGGCUGGAAUCAACAUAAUAUAUUAGGGAGAGGUGGUUUUGGAACAGUAUACAGAGGCAUUUGGAAAAAUACCGACGUUGCCAUAAAGAAAAUCCGGCAAAAAGGGUCUGAUUUAGACGAAAGUUAUAUACUACAGUUUGAGCAAUCGUUAAAAGAAAUAAAGAUUUUAAAUUCUCACAUCCAUGAAAAUAUCUUGCCUUUAUACGCGUACAGUUUGGGCGGCGAAGCACCGUGCUUGGUCUAUCAGCUCAUGAAAAAUGGAUCUCUGGAAGAUAGGCUGCUUUUAAGACAAAAGACCAAACCGUUAACGUGGAUGCAAAGACACGAGAUUGCCAAGGGCAUAGCACGUGGAUUACAAUACUUGCACAUAGGGGAGAAACCAUUGAUUCACGGUGAUAUCAAAAGCGCGAAUAUUUUGCUCGAUAAAAAUUUCGAGCCCAGGAUUGGGGAUUUUGGUUUGGCGCGGGAAGGUCCUGAAAGAGAUAGUAUGAAGAUCAGCAGAAUUCAUGGGACAAGACCUUACUUACCCGAAGAAUUUUUACGAGACAAAAAAUUAUCCACAAAAAUAGACACUUACAGUUACGGUAUAGUCUUGUUCGAAAUGGCAACCGGUCUUCGGGCUUAUGACGAUUCCGAGAAGAAAUUGUUAAUAGAUCUAAUCGAGGCUUGGAAGGACAAGGACAUUUCUUUGCUGAUAGACAAGCACGGUGGCGAAGAAAACAAGCAAGUGUACAAAAAUUUAAUAUCUAUAGGAAAAUGGUGUGCAAAUAGAUUGGCGCAAAAUCGACCCAAUAUGGAACUGGUAUAUCAAACAUUGAACAAUUUGUAAAUAUUGGAUAGUAAAUUAUAAAGAUAUGUUGUUAUGAAAUUUAAUUAUAUAUAUAUAUAUUAUAUUUCUAUAUUAUACAUAUAUUAAUCAAUUUUACCGAAUUUUAAUUUUAUAAAAUAAAAUUUAUUAAUGUUACACAGUCGUCUUACUAUAUUUUUACCUGCUUAUAAAAUUUAAAUAACUACUGACAAUAUAUAAAUUGUA